CAGGUGGGCUCUUUUUCCCAGCUGUCAAGUCAGGAGUCUUUGCUGCAGCCAGUCCAGCAAGCUGCCCAGAAACAGUCUUCUCUGGUAGCAAGUGAAGUACAUCAAAGGUCCCCUUCUCUCCAGCUACCCCAAGGAGUGUCUUCUCAGCAGCUUUCUUCAAUGAGGCUAAUGCAGUUGGAUCCCCUGGCACAGAAUUCUAACUUGGCUCUACCAGUUGAGCCAGUGUUUGUGCUGCCAUACAGCCAGCCUUCUGUACCAGUUUCCCUGGUGCAGCCACCAGCCCAGGUUCCACCUGCUGUGAAACCCCAGUGGCUUGCUGCUCCCUCUGGUGUGAAGGUUGAAUGCAGGGAAGACUCGGUUGUGGUAGAGGUGCAGCAGGACAUGCUGAGUAAUGGCCAGCUCAUCCAGCCCUCAGAAAUCACCCUGGGAGGUUGUGUGCCAGUUGGACGGGAUCCCUCCAGAGGGGUUCUGCUGUUUGUGUCAGAGCUACAUGGCUGUGGAAGUACGCUGAUGACGAUGACCAAUUCCCUGAUCUACACUUUCACAUUGGUGUAUGUGCCCGAGGGACUCGGUUCCACCCCUAUUGUGCGGUCUCAUGGUGCGGUGAUUAAUAUUGAGUGUCAUUACUUGAGGAGGAUCAAUGUGAGCAGCAAUGCUGUGAUGCCAUCAUGGGUACCCUUCUCUGCUGCUCUGUCCGCUGAGGAGCGUUUGGUGUUCUCGCUCCAGUUCAUGACCGACAACUGGGAACUGGAGAGGGCUUCAAACAUCUACUUUCUGGGAGACAUCCUGAACAUAGAAGCUUCUGUAGUUGUGGCCAACCAUCAGCCUUUGCGGCUGUUUGUGGACAGCUGUGUUGCCACCUUGGAACCUGAUGUGACAUCUGUCCCCAGAUAUGCCUUUGUGGGGAACUAUGGAUGCCUGACUGAUGCCAAGGUGACUGCAUCCCGCUCCCAGUUCCUCCCCAGGAAGCAGGUCAACAAACUCCAAAUGCAACUGGAUGCCUUUAGGUUCUCGCAGGAGACCAGGAGCUCUAUCUACAUCACAUGCAUUCUGAAAGCAACCAUGGCUUCCAAAAGACCUGAUCCCCAGCACAAGGCUUGUUCCUAUUCUGUGUUGGCAGAUAGGUGGGAAUCUGCAGAUGGCGAUAACCAAGUAUGUGGCUGUUGUGACACAAGCUGUAAUGUGAAGGGAAGAAGUGUAGCAGAUUUCAAAGGAAAAGCUGUUGCUGGACCCAUCGCUAUUCAGGAUCACUACUAGCCAGGUCAUGAGGAUAGCUGCUUCUGGGGGGAAACUAUACCAGGCAACAGCUCUGCAGUGUAUGUCUGAAAGGAUCUUUCUUUACUGCCUGAACUUAAGGCUCAUGCAGUUGUGUAUAGUUUCAAAACUUGUCCUUUUUUGUGCUGAUUAUUCAGAAUAAAGCAUUUUAACAAAAAAAAA